AUGUCGGAAGAGGUUUUCUGUUUCUGUAUUGUUCUUCGCAACGGCAGCAACAAGGCAUAUGCCGUACUUGUGAUGGUGAACUACAACAUAAAACGCAGCACGUUCUUUCUGUUGCUGGUUUUGCUGAGCAAGGCCCGCCGCGCUUGCUCAGUUGGCUCUAGUAGUCCAUCCUUGUUUGAUUUUAUCAAGAUUGAAGACGGGGUUAGUACCAAGGUUAAGGCGCGGGUCAAUAACCAGCAGCCAAAGCGCCCGCAGAAUGGUGGCGGCCAACAAGCGAGUGGUGGUGGUGGCCACAACGGUGGGAAGAACGCCAAAGGAGGAGGUGGUCAGCAGGAAGUGUGGCAGGCGCAAAUUAACUACUUAAUCUCUAAGUCGCGCCAGGAUAGGAAGAAGAAUGGAAGCGAGGAUCGUGAUAGAGGUCGACGAUCAACCUCCCACUCUUGA